GUCACGAUCUCGAAUUUGAAAACGGCCUGUUGCGACUCAAAUAGAUUUUAGAACCUCCACAGUUGUACUAUGAGUAUGAUACAACUCGGGAAAACACAGUCGUGAAGGAAGGCGCUAUCAUGUGAUACCUGCCAGCCAGCUCCAGCUUAGCCUUAGUGUAGCUCGCGAGUAGGAAAAAUAUACUUCUAGUAGUUAACUGAGUUGCAAAGCGAAUAACGUACGGAGAUGGUCCCAGUACAAGUAGAACGCUCUCAACCCGAUAUCUUUUGAAGCGUGGCAAUAAAGAAGAAAUAUUGGCCCACCGGCCUUGUUGUUACCUCGUGUCAUUUUAGCCCAAAGAUGGCGGAGCAGGUGCGCGUGAAGCGCGAGGCGGAGUCACCGGACGAGGGGGCUGCCGCAGCGAAGCGGGUAAAGGCGGAGCCGCAGGAAGAGGAGCAGAACGUGAAAGCGGCGGGAUCAAAGUCUUCCACGAAUAACCCCGACAAAAAAGCGGAAAAGCCUGUGCAGCUGAAAAAGGAGCCGCCAAGCGCAGAUGGGAACAGCAAGGACAAAGUGGUGAAAGUGAAGAAGGAACAAAAUAAGAAAAACGAUCAACAAAUAGAGGUAAAGUACAACGGGGAGAUCGAUGCGAACAUCGACGUAGAGAACUGGGCCACGCAAAAAUUAGACCACCAGUCCAGGAUACUUCUCAGCAUAAAUAUGCUUGACGCAAAAGUGGAAGAGAGCCAGGCCGCGCUCUACUGGAUCUGCGACGCGAGAACGCUUAAGAAGGCGACCAGCUGCAUAUCCAUGAUCUGUACAAAAAAAGUUCAUGAUGUUGAUUCGUAUAGAUACUGUUGCAGGACGAACUCCAUACCUAAAUCAAAAGCACUCGAGCAGCUUAUCAAUCUGCUCGCCGCCGUUCCCAAAACCAAAAGCAAAACCUGGUCCCAUUUGCGAUAAAUAUCAGGUAAGAAGGCCGCAAUCCGAGCACACACGGAUUGCAUCUACAUCACGGGCAUGGAUGAAGGUCGCACUUGUGUUUGCGAGUGCAAAAUUGGCGCUGCUGCGUUCACGAAGUUUCAGAGCAAGGUAGACAAAUUCCAGCUCGGCAUAGAACUCGAAACCCUGCAGAAAGUUCUUGCGCCUUUCAAGGAACAUGACAUGGUACACAAAAAUACAUUUUUCUUUUUUUCGAAAUGUAAACGAGUAAACGCUAGUCUGCUACGAGGACAAGCACAUUUGGACGAUCUGUUUGGAUCUCGAUAAAGAAGCAAGAAAAGUUGCCGCGCAAGUUGGGAUUGGGUUGUUUUGGAUGCAUUAUAUUUCUAAGUUUAUAGUAUAACUACAAGGCCGCAGCUUAUGUCGCGCAGUGGGAGGGUGAACGAGUGGACAGGGGGGAAAGAAAAACGCCAGAGGGUGGGCAAGGGAAAAAAUUUUUGAUGCAGUGCGGGGCCAGGCAUCUGCGCCGCUGGCUUCUUGCUGAAAGAACGAAGGCGGAGAGCCAUGGCGCCCGUGGUUCCCGUCGUUGUGCGAGCGCGAGGACUCCGCCCGCACUGUGCGCGCGCUUGCGUGGCGGCAAGCCCUAGGCCCCAACAACAACGCAAAGCGCGGCAGCGGGCAGGCGCCAGUGGAUGGAGGAAGGAAGCAGGGGAACAGUCCGCGCCAUGCGAGGCGCUGGCGCGUGACGCCCCGCCCGCGCGUCUGCGGUGUGGCCCGUUCGUGCCGCCUGCCUGUUUGCCCCGCCCCUGCGCGCCUUGGCGCCACCCCCCGCCCUUCUCCCGCGCGCAGCCUUGCAGAGCAGGGGCUCGCUGGGGCCCCUGUCGCGCGCGUGGAUGGAGGACGGGCGCCGGGGUGGGGCAUUAAUUGCCCUCCAGGCGCAGGGGCCCACCACCCUCCCCCAGUACCCCCGGACAACAACGGCGCCCCCCGCGUUAGCUCGCACGCAAUCUGUCCCGCCCCCGCCUGCUUCCCUCGCGCGCACCCUCCAAGACAGAGACGGCGGACGGUGGCGCCCUUUGCCGGCCUCCUCGUGAGCCAACAGUGGGAGGGCGCCGGGGGAGGGUGGUGGGCAGCUGCUCGCCUGCAAGCGUGGUGCUAGCUGGGGCGCUGCUUUCCCUGCGCGAACAGAGGCAGGGCGCCGGGGGAGGGUGGUGGGCAGCUGCUCGCCUGGUGCUUGGCCGCCGGCGGCGUUCGCAGGCACGCCGUGCGUGCCCCCCGCCGUCUGUGCGCCCUCCGCCCGUGCUCCCCGUCUUCCCCGUGCCCCCCACCCGCCUUCCCCGUGCUUCCCGCUUUCCCCGUGCUUCCCGCUUUCUCUGUGCUCCCCGCUUUCCCCGUGCCUCCCGCUGUCCCCGUGCUUCCCGUUUUCCCCGUGCUUCCCGCUUUCCCCGUGCUUCCCGCUUUCCCCGCGCUUCCCGUUUUCCCCGUGCCUCCCGCUUUCCCCGUGCUUCCCGCUUUCCCCAAGCUGCAAAACCGGGGCGGCAGGGUUUUGGGAGAUUGUUGCGAAAUAUUUUCGCCUGGGAAUAUUUCUCGGGGAUUCAUUGCAAAAUAUUUCGGGUCGCAAAAUAUUUUCGGUCGCGAAAUAUUUUCGGUCGCGAAAUAUUUUGGGCCGCGAAAUAUUUUGGGCCGCGAAAUAUUUUGGAUCGCAAAAUGGACUUGCGAAAUAUUUUGAGUUGCAAAAUAUUUGAACUUGCGAAAUAUUUUGAGCCGCAAAAUAUUUGAAGUCGCCAAAUGUUUGGAGUUGCAAAAUAUUUGGAGCUGCGAAAUAUUUCGAGUUGCGGUGGGACUUGGGCGAUUCGCCGUCUGCGAUGGGGCUUCGUUCCUUGGGCGAUUCGCCGUUGGGCGAUUCGCCGUCUGUGAUGGGACUUGGGCGAUUCGCCGUUCGGCGAUUCGCCGUUUUCCAUGGGACUUGGGCGAUUCGUUGUUGGGCGGUUCGCCGUUUGCCAUGGGACUUGGGCGCUUCGCCGUUGGCCGUUGGCCGAUUUCGCAAAUCGCGACAGCUUUGGAAAGUCGGAAAACUGGCAAAAAAUUUUCGGCGUGGGCGAUUUUCCUCCGCGUUGCAAAAUUCUAACUGCCCCUGCUCAGCAGGAAAGCUGUAAAACCGGGGACGCGGGUUUUUGAGAGAUUGUUGCAAAAUAUUUCCGUCAGAAAAUAUUUUUCGGGGAUUGCAAAAUAUUCGGGGUCGCGAAAUAUUUUUGGUCACGAAAUAUUUGGGGUCGCAAAAUAUUUUGGGUCGCGAAAUAUUUUGGGUCGCAAAAUAUUUUGCGUCCCAAAAUUAUUGGACUUGCGAAAUAUUUUGCGUCGCAAAAUAUUUGGACUUGCGAAACAUUUUGAGUUGCAAAAUAUUUGGACUUGCGAAAUAUUAACUUUGGGCCGCGAAAUAUUUGAAGGCGCAAAACGUUUGGAGUUGCAAAAUGUUUCGAAUUGCGAUGGGACUUGGGCGAUUCGCCGUUUGCGAUGGGACUUGGGCGAUUCGCCGUUGGGCGACUCGCCGUUUGCCAUGGGACUUGGGCGAUUUGCCGUUGGCCGUUGGCCGAUUUCGCAAAUCGCGACAGCUUUGGAAAGUUUGAAAACUGCAAAAAAACUUCCGACGUGGGCGAUUUUCUUUCCCGGCGCAAAAUUUUAACUCACACCGCUCAGCAAUAGGAGUUAUAAGGGUCAGUCAAGGUCAAGAGCUGAAGGACUCUGAAUCUACUUAUUUCUCUUCGUACUUAUUGAUUCCUGUACUACCUAGGUCGUGUUCUGCAUGGAGAACCAGAAUGACGACUGCAUCAAGAUCCAAGGCUACCACACAUACAAGAGGAACAACGAGUUUGCCUACCUGAAAGUUCGCCUUAUGCACGACGACCUCGCAGACGCCAUCGGCCUGGGCGUUGGACUGGAAGACAAUGACAUGUGGAACCUCUUAGAAAUGAGCAGCUCGGAGUUCUCGGAAAUUUUCAAAGACUACAAGGAUCUGACCACCCAGAAAGACGGUACGCACAGGAAGAACCUGCUUUGUUCGUCAUUUUUGGGAUCUUGUUUCCCUGAUAGGAAUCGGUCUACUCCUCGACAUGCUUGUUUCCUACUUAUGAUUUUGUGCAAAUUUUUCUGAUGAAAAAAAGUAUCACUACUAGCUCCAGCACUUUGGAGGAAAUCGAAAUCAUGCAUUACUACACGACGACAGAUAAACCUGGCGUGCAUAAGCUGGUCGAGGUCAAGUACACAGUGGACAAGAAGUUUAUUGUGGCCCUUCCUGGCGACGUCGCGGGCGUCACCGGCAGCACAACACUCCAGGAGGGCGGGGUGUUGAAGAUGUUGAAGCCGCCAGAACCCGAGGAGGGGGACUUUUGUCAAUGUGUCAACGCGGACUACAUCGCCAAAUUUGGCCCAAUUGGCUCCGCGAUAAGCGACAGAGUAAAGCUCUUCAUGAAGGAUAACUACCCCUUUGUGGUUCAGUUCAAAGACGACAAGGGUCACCAAGCGAACUUCUACAUCAUCCCGAGGGUUGGCGGAUAG